AUGACUAAAAUGUUAAAGUGUAUAAUUUUCAUUUCGAGUGAUCGUGCUAGUGACUGAAAAAGACGUCUGAAGGCUCGCUUACGAGUUCACGGCUCGUUAAUUCAGAGUGAAUUCGAAAAAAGAGGUUUUCGCUUGCGCUCGCUCAGCGGUGAUAAAAUUUAUGACGAACGAUUAAACUAAUGCUCCGCAUUAUAUCAUAUGACGUUAUUGAGACGGAAACAUGAUUUGGUGGCCCCGAGCACGCGAGAAAGGUGUCUUAGGAUGAGCUGGUGGCGUAUGGGGCGGUGUGCGUGCGCAGAACGGCGGGCCGCGUGAUGCGCGGGAGCGCGCGCGUAGCCGGCGGCGCGACGCCCGCGCCCGCGCCCGCGCCGUGCGCGUGAUGCGCGCGGACCUUGCCGCGCUCUACGCGUGGCUCGUCUGUUGCGCAGCCGCUCUGUCUACGCAUAAAUACAGCACGCGUGUGAUUCGUACCAAGUACGGACCAUUGCGUGGGAUCGUGGUGCAUUCGCACCCUCAAGUGGAGGCGUACCUUGGUGUUCCUUACGCGACUCCACCCCUCGGAAGUCUUAGAUACAUGCCGCCUGUGACACCAUCACAGUGGCGUACGACUCGACUGGCGGACGCGUUAGGAUCCGCGUGUCCGCAAGUGCCUCCUGCGACCGUACCGCGUGAAGAAGCAUUGCUCUUAUAUCCGCGUGCUCGUAUUCGUCAACUCGAAAGAUUAUUGCCCAUGCUUGUGAACCAGAGCGAGGAUUGUCUCUACGUUAACCUCUAUGUGCCUGUUAACGGUUUAGAGGGGGAGAGCGAGGGAGCAGGUCUGCCGUGCCUUGUGUUUGUGCACGGGGAGUCUUACGAGUGGAGCUCGGGUAAUGCAUACGACGGCACUACGCUCGCGGCACAUGGAAACAUCAUUGUAGUUACUAUCAACUUUAGACUAGGCGUACUUGGUUUUCUCAAGACUGGAGCUAAAGGAUCUGCACAGGGUAAUUUCGGGCUAAUGGAUCUCGUGGCUGGGUUACACUGGUUGCGAGAAAAUUUACCAGCUUUUGGAGGAAAUCCUGAAAAAGUUACUCUCAUGGGACACGGCACUGGAGCAGCGCUUGCCAAUUUUCUAGCGGUUUCUCCCGUUGCCAGAGAACUACUGAAGCGCGUCGUCUUGUUAAGCGGGUCGGGGCUUAGCUCAUGGGCGUUGCAGAGGGAACCGCUCACGAUAAAAAGAAAGGUAGCGGAGCAGACCGGAUGUCAUGGGGAUUUACUUGAAGACGAUUUGGCGCCAUGUCUACGCAACAAGCCGCUCGCCGAGCUGCUGGCCAUUCGGCUCGACCCGCCCCGCUUUUUACCUGGAUUUGCGCCAUUUGUAGACGGGACUGUUAUCGUGAAUCCCUCUUCCGCACCUCCGCCGAGUGACAAUUCUCGACUUGGCGCGGGUGCGGCUGCCGUGGCGAGCGCAGCGGGACACGAGCUUGCCGACUUUCCGCACAGGGAGCUAUUGUUCGGUCUGACCACAACAGAAUCUUACUUGGAAUUCAAUGCUCAAGACUUGGAGUUUGGCUUCAACGAGACUCGGCGGGACCGCAUUCUGCGCACCUUCGUCCGUAACGCCUACUACUACCACCUCAAUGAGAUUUAUUCCACCCUAAAGAACGAGUACACGGACUGGGACAAACCUGUGCAGAAUCCGCUUAGUGUACGAGACGCUACGCUAGAGGUUCUAAGCGACGGCCGGACCGCAGCUCCCUUGAUUAGACUCGGCUACCUCCAUGCACUGCGCGGCGGUGUAACGUAUUUCACACAUUUUCACCAUCUCUCGCAGGAUAAAGACUACCCGCAGCGUCCAGGCUCUGUUCACGGCGAGGAGCUUCCGUAUUACCUUGGCAUGCCACUAUCACUGUCACACCACCAGCAGAACUUUACGCAGAUUGAACAAAGACUGUCUAAGCUGUGCAUGCACUACCUCGCAAAUUUCGUUAAAUAUGGCAAUCCAAAUGAUCCCUCUGCAACACCGCCGCCGAGCCCCGUGAUGGGGGAAUCGGUUCCACUCGGACCCGACCAGACUCCCUACUGGGAUACCUACGACACUAUUAACCAACUUUAUAUGGAAAUCAGCGGCAAGUCGGAGAUGAGAAGUCACUAUCGUGGUCACAAAAUGUCAUUGUGGUUGUCCCUAAUACCGCAACUGCAUCGCCCCGGAUCAGAUCUGCCAGAUGCCGCUAUGAGACAUCAUCACUUUCAAGACGAUAACGCCAAUUAUUAUGAAGGUGCAGUAAGAACGCAAUCACUUUCGCGCGCACAUGUACCGCAUGUUGUAAGCAUUGACGUCGGAAGUCGUGGUGGGGAAUUAGGUCGCAGUACUCCUCCACCACGAUCAGCCCAGCCAAAACCGUCUCCAGCUCCUCCUGCGCUAUCAACGGAAUGUCCUCCCAAUUCUACGACUACGCCCAUACAACCCGAUGAUGCUCUUUUGCGUCGGCUAGCUUCAUCCCAUUAUCAAUCCUACACCGCGGCCCUCACUGUAACCAUAGCUGUCGGUUGUUUUCUUUUACUUUUAAACGUGCUGAUAUUCGCGGGAAUCUAUCACCAGCGAGGCUCCCGGCCUCGGCGUUGCAAAGAUGAUCUUGCCGAGGCCGGGAGCUCUUCAUCUUCAGACAAUUACGAUGGCAAAUUAGAUUACGAGGUGAGAGCAUUUGACGGAAAAGGUUUCGGGUUCGAGUGUAAAUCUGCACACGUGCCGCGCAGUUCGGGUUCCAAGUUCGAUUUGCGGACGUUAUCGGAUUGUGGAGAGCCCACUUUUGGCGAGUACAGUUGUUACGAUGAGAAACAUCGAGCAGCGCGCAGUUCGUUACCGGAUGUAAGUGUCGGAAGCGCGAUAGAGGCGGGUAGUGUUGUUUGUAUCGAUACUCAAAAACCAGAUAUACAAAGAGUUGAUGGCCGUAAUUCAGAUGCUAUUGGUAGAACUAGUACUUUUGAACCACGCGUUGUAGAUAGUUCUACUCAAGUCAAAUUUGGGCCGAUAACGGAUUCGUCGGAUGUGACAUCAGAUACGAAUGGUGAUUCUGAAUCUAUUGCUGCAGGCGGCUCUGGUAUUUUAAGAGUGCCGCCAGCAGCUACAACACCUGCACCUCCGGGAAUUAUGAAAAAGCGAGUGCAAAUACAAGAAAUAUCUGUAUGAGAUUUACAGAUAUUAGACACUGCGGAAGUUGUAGUGAAUACACGGACAAAGUUGUGAUUUUCAAAUUUAUUGCCAUGUAAAUAAAU